AGGCCCCACAGCAAUAUGGAACUGGGGACACGUCUCCAGAAUGCACCCAGUGCUGUAGGUUGGGACUGCAGGGAGCGUGGGGUGCAUCCUAACUCUGCUCUCCCUUUUGCAGAGAAGACUGGGAAGGUGCUGGGGGAGUUCUCCCGCUGCUACAGGGAACAGUAUGGGGUAGCACUCUUCAACAGCGUCCGCUAUGAGAUUGAAGGCAAUGGGGGGCCGCAGGCACAGCUGCUGCACCGCAAGGUCCCACUGGAGGACCACGUCAUCUACUCGGGCAACCUCUUCCAGUACAUCGAAGAGAACAAGAAGUGGAGGAACCGCUUCUGCGUGGUCCCACACAACUAUGGGCUGGUGCUGUAUGAGAACAAACUGGCUUAUGAGAGAGAGCUGCCGCCCCGUGUGCUGAUCAACAGUGCUGGUUACAAGGUGCUCACCUCAGUGGAGCAGUACCUGGAGCUGGUGAACACCAGCCUGCCUGGCAUCACCCCCAAAUCGGGGAACACCCCCAUCCUGAAGUGCCCCACGGAUUUCCCCCUCAUUCUCUGGCACCCCUACGCCCGGCAUUAUUACUUCUGCCUGAUGACUGGCAAAGAGCAGGAGAAGUGGGGAGCGGUGUUCCAGGACUGCGUGCGGCACUGCAACAACGGGAUCUCGGAGGACUCCAAAGUUGAGGCCCCAGCCUUCACUGACGCCGUCCGCAUGUACCGCCAGUCCAAGGAGCAGUACGGCACCUGGGACAUGCUGUGCGGCAACCAGACCCAGAUCCUGAGCAACCUGGUGAUGGAGGAGCUGCUGCCGGAGCUGCGGAACGCCAUCGGCCCGCGGCUGAAGGGCAAAACCCAGGAGCGCCAGCGGACCUGGAUCCAGAUCUCGGAUGCUGUCUAUAGGAUGGUCUACGAGCAGACUAAGGCACAAUAUGAUGCCAUGGUGGCCAAGUGUGAGCUGGAGCGGCCCCAGAUGGAGAGCAGCAUCCGGACUGACAUGGACCAAAUCAUCACCUCCAAGGAGCACCUGGCCAGCAAGAUCCGAGCCUUCGUCCUCCCCAAAGCGGAGAUCUGUGUCCGUAACCACGUCCAGCCCUACAUCUCCUCCAUCCUGGAGGCCCUGAUGACCCCGACGAGCCAGGGCUUCGCCGAGGUGCGGGAAGUCUUCUUCAAGGAGGUGACAGACAUGAACAUGAACAUCGUCAAUGAGGGCGGCCUGGAGAAGCUGGUGGAGUACAUGGAGAAGCUGUCCCACCUGGCCUUCCACCCGGUGAAGAUGCAGUCGUGCUACGAGAAGAUGGAGCAGCUGAAGCUGGAGGGCCUCCAGCAGCGCUUCGACGUCUCCAGCACGUCUGUCUUCAAGCAGAGGGCCCAGAUCCACAUGCGACAGCAAAUGGAUGAUGCCUUGUACACCUUUGAGACGCUGCUCCACCAGGAGCUGGGGAAGCUUCAGGGCAAGGAUGAGCUCUGCAAGUCCAUCCAGCGCAUCCUCGAGAGGGUGCUUAAGAAAUAUGAUUACGACAGCAGCACGGUGCGGAAGAAGUUCUUCAGGGAGGCCCUGCUGCAGAUCACCAUCCCCUUCCUGCUGAAGAAGCUGGCACCCACCUGCAAGGGGGAGCUAGCCAAGUUCCAGGAGCUCAUCUUCGAGGACUUUGCCAGCUUCAUCCUGGUGGAGAACACAUAUGAAGAGGUCGUGCUGCAGUCUGUGAUGAAGGACAUCAUGCAAGCCGUGAAGGAGGCAGCCGUGCAGCGGAAGCACAACCUGUACCGUGACAGCAUGGUGAUGCACAACAGCGAUCCCAACCUGCACCUGCUGGGCGAGGGCAGCCCCAUCGACUGGGGCGAGGAGCACGGCGGGCAGCCUGAGGCUGAGCCGGCUGCUGACAAGCGCCGCAGGGCCAAGCAGGUGGUGUCGGUGAUCCAGGACGACGAGGGGGCCCUGCCCUAUGAGAUGGGUGCCGAGAUGCUGAUGUCCCCCAGCUCGCCAGAGCCGCCAGAGCCCAGGGUGCCACCGGGGUCCCCAGAUGGGGUGGCGGAGAUCCGGGAGGCUCUGGCCAAGGAAAGCACCGAGGUGCUCACAGAGGAGCGGCUGACGAACGGUACCCACAGCACGCAGGACAGCGGUGCCACCAAGGAGGUGGUGGUGGCAGAGGGGGCUGCACCAGGUGAUGUCCCCACGAAGGGUCCGGCCCGUGAUGGGGAUGGAGUGCGGCGUGCCGCACCGGCAGCACCCACAUCUGGAGCCAAGGUUUCAUCAGAGGAUGGGGUGCCCCGUACUCCAGCAGCACCACCUGCACCUGAAGCUGAGAGCACGGCAAGGGAUGAGGUGCAGCAUGCCAUGCCUGCAUCACCCACAACUGGAGCUGAGGUCCUGUCACAGGAUGGGCUGCACCAUGAUGCGCCUGCAUCAGCUGUGUCUGGAGCUGAGGUCACAUCUGGAGCUGAGAUCCCAUCUGGAGAUAAGGUGCCUCGUGCCACAUCUGCAUCGCCUGCACCCGGAGCUGAUGUCCCACCCAGCGAUAAGGUGCACCAUGGUGUGCCAGCAUCACCUGCACCCAGAGCUGAAACCCCACCAGGAGAUGAGGUGCAUCAUGCCACAUCAGCAUCCCCUGCACCCAGAGCCGAGGUCCCACUGUCGCCUGCUGGGACCGCCUGCCAGCGCAGUGACAAGGAGACGGGUGAGGAGGUGGCCCUCCCGGUGGCAUGCAGCCCCCCAGAGUCUGCGGGCACGACGGAGAACAUUGAGGGGAUGCAGACUGAGUUCUAGCCCCAUUCCUGCUGCAGACUGGCCCUGGUAACACCAGAGAUGGAGACUGGGACCAGGGAGGGGAUGGGGAACACCUAACUGGGAGGAGCCCCGCGUGGUCCUGCUAGGUGAGGCUGGGGAUGCCCUGGCUCGGCACAGGGCACCCACUGCACUCUGCUCUGUCCUUCUUCUGCCUUAUUUCCUUCUUUUCUACUGGAGAGAUGCUUUACCCAUCUGGGGCUGCAGAAUGCUCCCAUUGCCAUCCCCAUACCCACAGCCCUGGGGUGCUCCUGGGCAUCCUCUGCUACCGUUGAGAGGAGGUGGAAAACAUGUCUGUGAUGAGGGUUGGGGGUGUGCAGCAGGUGUUU